CGCCACAUAGCGGAGAAUCUUUGUUGAAGUUUAUGUGAAAAGCUUGACAGUUUAACGUCCUAACGGGAGUUUGUCCGCGGGGAGGUCCAUCGUUUUUGGAAAUUAUUGCGCUACUAGUGUUAUAUUUAGACUCGUGAUGAUUUUUAUCUGGACUUAAUAUCGAUUCUGGGCGGGAUAACCGGAGCUGAUAUGGCUGUUGCUGGAGCGGCUCGUGAGAUUUGCUUUCCCCUCAGACAGAUGCCUCUCAGCGGGACACACGAACAGGGUUUCUCGUGAAUUUCUCCCCCACAGGCAGUGCCAAGAUCCGACACAGAGCUGCCAAAAUUACAAAGCUUGUUUCCGCUGCCAAUCUUUGUGCCUGUGUCAACUAUGGAGACCACUCAGGUCACUUUGGCUGUCAGAGGAGAAACAACUCCAGGUGAGGUGAUUGCUGUUGUUGGGAGCUGUGAAGCCCUGGGAAACUGGAGCCACCAGGAAGCCGUGACCUUACAGCCAGUUGGUGAUGAAGGAUGCACAUGGACUGCAGCAGUCACCGUUCCUAAAGGUGCUGUCAUCAAGUACCGCUAUUUCAAAGGCUUCUUUCUGGAGUCAAAGAGUGCAGGUGGCCCCUGUCAAGUGAUAGUCAAUAUGUGGGAGACCCAUCAUCAGCCUCGCACGAUGAGCCCCACAGAAACACACCAGGAUAUUGAUGAUGGACAAUUUGGCAUUCACAAUGGGGUGAAUUGUGUUGACUCUGGGUGGCUGACGUGCCAGACGGAAAUUCGCCUACGUCUGCACAAUUCUAAGAUGUCCCCGGUGUCCAUUACAAAGAAGAAAUUCAAGAAGUCUCGCUUCAGGAUCAAGCUGACAUUAGAGGGCAUUGAGGAAGAGGAUGACGACGACGAAGAGGAGCAGCUCAGUCCUUCAGCUUGGCACAAGAUGACCACAACCCUGGGGAUCAGUCUCAUCAAUGCCAAUGGCUAUCGAUCACGUCACUCGCAGCCCGAGUGUGGCUACGCUCUGGAGCCGUCCCAGUGGACCGAGUACAGUAUCCACACCAUGGACCCCGACAACCUGGAGCUCACCUUUGAGUUUUUUGAGGAGGAUCUGAGUGCGCAUGUAGUCCAGGGUGACGUCCAUCCAGGACACGUGGGCAUAGCCUACCUCCUCUCGUCCUCAUUUUUGGAGAGUGGAAAAGACAUUGGGGUAGUUACACUUCCCAUAAUGGGACGAAACUCCAGACAGACCAUUGGGAAAGUAAGAGUGGAUUACCUGGUAAUCCGACCCAUCCAGGGGCUGCAGUGUGACAUGAGCUCCUCGUUCACCAAAUACUGGAAGAAAAGAAGCACUCUGGAUGUGGGUCAUCGAGGAGCUGGCAGCACGCAUGCAGCCAAGCAUCACAGAGUCACAGAGAACACAAUAGCCUCCUUCAAAAGGGCUGCUAAACAUGGUGCACCCUUUGUGGAGUUUGAUGUUCACCUCUCCAAGGACGCGGUUCCUAUCGUUUACCAUGAUCUCACCUGCUGCAUAUCCACCAAGAAGAAAAAUGACAAGAAUCUGGAGCUUAUUGAGGUCCCAGUGAAAAACCUGACAUUUGACCAGCUGCAGCUUUUGAAGCUGGCUCAUGCCACUGCCAUGAAAGGAAGCGAUCAAAAAGAUCUGCUGGACGAGGAAGAUGAAAUCGAUGAGCACCAGCCGUUUCCUUCACUCUCACAGAUCUUCCAAGCUGUUCCUGAACACGUUGGCUUCAACAUCGAGCUCAAAUGGAUCUGCCAGAUGAAGGACGGGUCGUGGGACGGCAACUUGUCAAGCUACUUCAACAUGAACACCUUCCUCGACAUUGUUCUGUCCUGCGUUCUGCAGAAAGGCGGAAAAAGACGCAUUGUGUUCUCCUGUUUUGACCCAGAUAUCUGCACCAUGGUGCGAAAUAAGCAGAACAAGUACCCCAUCCUCUUCCUGACUCAGGGGAUUUCAGACAAGUAUCCUGAGCUGAUGGACAUCCGCUGCCAGACCACUCAGAUCGCCAUCAGCUUCGCCCAAAGUGAAAAUAUUCUGGGAAUCAGUGCCCACACCGAGGAGCUGUUAAAAAACCUCAGCUACAUCGGGGAUGCCCAGGCUAAAGGUCUGGUGGUGUUCUGCUGGGGAGACGACAACAACGAUCACGAGACCAGGAGGACGCUGAGAGAGCAGGGAAUUGACGGGCUCAUCUAUGACAGUAUCUGUGAUGAACACGGAGAGCAGCCAAACAUCUUCCAGGUAGAGGAGCAACACUCCCUGCGGGAGGUCAUUACAGAGGAGACCCUAAAGAGCUGUUCCUGCGACUCUAUUCCCUGCUCCAGGGCGCCCUGCACCGCCUCCAAACCCUUUGUUGGAAGCGUGGAGUCCGAUUCUGGCCUCAGCUCCUCCUGAACAUCCCAGAGAAUCGACCUUACAGUUUAUCUUGUUGUAUACUCACACUCAAGAGGUCCAUGGUAGGAACGCAGGUUUAAAUUAAAAAAAUAGUUCUCAUGUCUUUCCUAUUUCACAAAUAGUCACAGGAUCAAAAAUCCACUUCAGCCAUUUCCACUCCACUCAGACUUUGUCUAAUGUCUUGUAUCGUCAGCAGUUAUAUUAUUUAUGCUUUCUAUUGAAACAUGUGGAUGUUCAGCCAAAACCUGACUUUUUGUUUUUCCUGACAAUCAACAGAUUGUUUAGGGAUCAGAACAGUCUUUAUUAUCGGGGAACAAUGUUAAAUUAGAACUUCACAGUUAAUAUUUAUUCAGCCAAAACGUUGCAUCUCCUCAUAGUGCUAAAAUUUCAUGCAUAUGAUAUUUUACGGGUGAUGAAGUUUAUGAUGAUGCAGGGCUAUGCUGUUAUUUUUUUUUUUCCUGUUUGUGCUGUUAUGUUUGAUUCAGUGCAUUUAGCCAUUACCUGAAGUGUUAUUUUAAUGGUCUCCCAUAUCAUAGAGUAAUAAUUUGGCAGCUUUUUCUACAAAUCACAAUCAGCUGCUGGGCUGCAUUUGGAUGAGGGUGCAGGUUGCCAUUUAUAAGAACUCACUUCUUGGUAGAUAUUGCGCUUUGAUAUAACCCAUAUGACUGAUUUAGCAUGUGCUCCCCUUUUUCUUUUUCUUUAAACUCCUGUUUUUUGACUUAAUGAUUAAGAUGAGUUGCAAUCAAAAAGUUCAGCGUUUAUGAAAAAAUAAAAAAUAAAAUAACCACACUGAGGUUACAGUGCAAUUGGAGCACCCACACGCCAUCGUGCUACAGUUCAGGUUGUUUGCGCUGAAUGCUUUUCCUCAGACAGCUCAGGACGUUAAAGUAGAACUCGACGUUGACAGGAACAGUCUGAAGUUUUGGAUCGCUCGUCGCUGCUGUUAUUGUAAAUUGUGCUCUGCAUACUGUAUGUACUGUAGCCUUAAGUUUCAGAAAGCAGAAUGUUUUAUUUGUGACAGCGCACAGACUUACCACAGCCUUAAGGGGUAAUAAAAUCACAUCGUUAUGUUUCUGGCCUUUAGCUUCAGCAUCACGAGCUGAGACGUGUGUAGUACUUCCUACACUACCUUCACAACACCAAUACUCUUUAUCUCGUGGCAGAUUAUUUUCUGUCCCAAGUUACCCUUGAAUCCAUUCACAUGAUGCUGACUGUAUAUAGCUGACUCACCGCACAAUCUCUCAACUACAAACUCUGAUGGUUAAUGCAUGCGUUGUCUGUAUGUCUGUAUGACAGAACAACCAGGAAGAAUGAAUGAACCAAGUGUGUAAUAUCAAUGCCACUUGUAAUGUAAAUAAAAUUAAAAGCUCUGUUUGUUUAU